AUGGAAGAAAGGAAAAAGAGGAAAGACGAGAAGCGAAAGAAAGAAGCUGCUCAGAAGAAGACUGCUGAACAAAAAAACAAAGCACCAGAACUGUCAAAGCCCAUCAUAAGCCAGCCACUGCCUGUUGCCUCCACUGCUGCCUGUCCUUCCCCAGCGCCCUGCAGCAGUGUUGGUGGCAGUAAUAAUGCCAAACGGGCUCUGGGCAACAGUCAGCAGCAAGUGCAGCAGCAGCAGCAGCCACCGGCGCAGCAACCAUCCUUGCCUCGCUACGCAGCUCGCGAAGUUCCUCCCCGCUUCCGGCAGCAGGAGCAGAAGCAGCUCUUGAAGAGAGGACAGCCGCUCCCAGGAAUUGCUGCCAACCUGGGGCCGACGUCUAAGCCAUUGAAGUCAGGAGGCAACCCUGGGACGGGUGAGCAACCGGCAGCUGCUGACGAGGGCCAGAACAGCAGCAGGAAGCAGCCAGAUCUGGACCACAGCACACUAGGAUCCCAUUAUGAGAGCUCUCAGUGGGGAACAAUCUCCUCUAGUAGUGACUCCAUCACAAACUGGGAUAAAGUUCUUGUAGAGGGUGCAGGCAAGGAGGCAUGGCCCUCAAUCGGUGGCAGUGACUCAGAGUUGGCUUCCAAGCAUGUGGAUGCUGACUCGGCCCUGAGUUCCGGGUCGGAUUGGAACCUCCUUAUCAUGGCCUCGAGGGGCCUGGGCAGUGAAGCAAACGGUCUACGGAGUGGCUCUCAGUCCAAGUUUGUCAAUGGCAGCAACAGCAAUAACAUGGGCAAGGGAAGCCUUAGCAGAUCAUCCUGGGGCAGCUCCUGGGCUGGUCUGCAGGAAAACGGAGCCCUGGCGAACACCUGCCCGGUUUCUGCAGAUGUUUCCAAUGGCCUGGCGGAAAUCGGCAACAGUAGAGCAGAUGCUUGGGGCACCCUUGGUCCAUCCCAUGGAGAGCUAAAUCCCAGCACUUUGAAUUCAAACAGCCACCGUGGUGCCUGGCCUGUCUUGGAGAACAGCAGGCAUGCCCUGAAAGGGCCCAGGGGGAACAGCAGCUGCAGCCCCGCCGUGGGUCUGAUGGCGAAUCCUCAGAGCCUGAACUCUGCCAGCCUUGGCAGCUCCUGGGGUGGCCUGCAGGAAAAUGAUGACUUCCAAGCAAAUGGUACACAAAGGGCUUUGUGUGGCGGGCAGCCCCAGAACCCAAUCCCUGAAGUGGACGGACCAAAUAAUAACACUACUAACUUUGUGAUCUCUAGUUUACCAAACCCGGCCAGUUCGAUGCAGAUGAACGAGCUGGCAAGUAAUAAUAAUAAUAAUAAUACAGGGACUGGAACCUGGGGGAUGAGUGCCAAGAGCAGCCGGCCUCAGGCCUCCCCAGUACUAAAUGGCACUUCUAUGCCUCACCUGAAUGGCGUUGGCAGCGAAGCAAAAACCGGCAGCCCUCCUGGUACUCUGUGGGGUGGUUCCUACAGCCCCAGUUACUCUGGAGAGGCCUGCCCCAACUCAAGCAGCCAAGCCAAUAGCGACACUGUGAAUGCAACUCUAAUCAUGCCACCUGGGCUGGGUGGCCCCAGCAACUCAAAACCUGACAUUGGUAGGGAGAAAGGACCAGGAACGUGGGAGGUGCCAGGGGUGGGCAGCCCCCGGAGCGCUCCCUGGGAACGUGGACUUACUGUGGACCCAGGAGGUGGAGGAGGAAGAGGCCAGAAAGGACCAGCACAGGCUGUGGAUGGAGAAUGGAACCAGCUGCCCAGCAAGCAGCAUGCCUCUGACAGCCUCAUUGACAAUGGUAAGGAGUUUACAAGCACGUGGAAGUCUGUUGAGGAGGAGAAGAGUGCCAACGUCAACCUCGCAAGUUUCCCAGUGGCUCACCUCAUAGAGCAAAAUGGUGGGUGGGCCAAGGCCAGUGCUGGAAGCAGUGAGGGAAGCGCCGAGCUCCCUGAGGACAAGUCCUGCGUGGAUGGGGCAAGCCGAGAGAGGAGGAAGGUUGACCCUCAGGCCUUACUCCAGAGCAUUGUGAACAGGGCGGACCUGGAUCCCAGGGUCCUUUGCAACGCUGGCUGGGGACAGACGCCCAUCAAGCAGAACACCACCUGGGAUACGGAGUUGUCCCCGAGGGGGGAGAGGAAGACCAACAACGGGACUGAAGCCUGGGGGAACUGUGGAGGGCAGGCCGGUGGCUCUGGGGUGGCAGCAGCUCCGGUGGAAAGGCCUGGCCUGAACAGUAACAACGCUCCUUCCGGUGGCUCCAGGUGGGGCGAGCCAAAGUCUGUUACACGCUGGGUGGACUCAAAAGCCUCUGGCAGCCAGGGGGCCUGGGGGGAGGAAAGAGCGACGGUGACACUGGCCAAGGGCAAUCAAGUGUGGGGGAAUGGCAAGGAAGAGCAGUCCUCAGCUUGGAGUGAGGCAGAAAAGCUCAAGCAGGGCUGGGGAAAUGGACAGAAAGGGAACCUCGGGUGGGGGGCAGCAGCAGCAGCAGCAGCUCCAGCCGUUGACGGCUGGGGAGAGAACUCAAGAAGCAGUCACUGGGGAGAGAUGCGGAAGUCCAGCUCCGGCAGCAGUGACAGCGACCGUUCGACUUCCGGCUGGAAGGAAACAGGCAAAGGCAACACCGCACACUGGAGUGGGGGCCACAAGAGUGCUCCCGCCACCAAGGCCAGCAGCCACUGUUCUGGCUGGGAGGAAGCCACCAAGCCAAGCCAAAGCCAAGGGUGGGGGGAGGUGCCCAAGCCAAACCACCCCCAGGGCUGGGGAGAAGCACCCAAGUCCCCCAGCUCCCCAGACUGGAACAAGCCACAAGAUAUUGGGCGCUGGGGGGCAGACACUGCCGCUACUGCAGGCAAGCCCUCUGGCUGGCUGGGUGGACCAGCCCCAGUCCCAGAGGAAGAGCCCACUGGCUGGGAGGAGCCAUCCCCAGAAUCCAUUCGCCGCAAGAUCGAGAUUGAUGACGGGACAUCUGCCUGGGGGGACCCAAGCAAGUACAACUAUAAGCAUGUGAACAUGUGGAACAACAACACCCUGAACAGUGGGGCGAGCCUUUUGGAUCAGCAAGCACAGCGACAGCAGCAGGGGAUGACCCUCCCAGGGGCUGCUAGCAUCACAGAGAGCGGUGCCAGCGGCAUCAGCAGUGGCGUCUCUGGUUGGGGAGAGACUCCUGCCCCACCUACUACCGUAGAUAAUGGCACAUCGGCAUGGGGCAAACCUGUGGACACCGGUACAAGCUGGGGAGAGUCCAUCAGCAAUGCAGUGAGCACUGACAGCUGGGGAAACACAUCUGUCGGGCGCCAAGCUUCUAAUAAACCCGGACCGAAGUCUAUGCAAGCCCCAGAUGGCAGGUGUGGGGGCAAUAUGCCUUUGGCUAGGAGUCAUCAGGCCGGCUGGGAGGAAGAAGAGGAUGUUGAGAUUGGAAUGUGGAAUAGCAGCUCAACCCAAGAAGCUAACGCCUCUUUACACUGGCCACCAUGCUCAAAAAAGCUGCCUUCUAAGGGAACAAUGAAAAAUGGAAAUAAGCAAGAAGAGAUGUGGGUAAAUCCGUUUGUGAAGCAGUUUGCAAAUCUUGGCUUCCCAAGAGACUCACCAGAAGAAAUGAUGCAGAGCAAUAAGAUGGAGAUAUCUGGAGGGAUCCUGCCUGACAAGUGGAUGGAGAUGGAGAAGCACAACCUGAAUGUUACCGAAUACAGCCGGGUGAUAGGGAAAGGCCCUCACUCCCGUCCUCAGAUUUCCAAAGAGUCUUCCAUGGAUCGAAAUCCUUAUUUUGAUAAGGAUGGCCUUGUCGUAGCAGCAGAUGAUUCCCAAAAUGUGCAGUUCAUGUCCAAUCAGAGCACGAAGUUUCCCCCUUCAAACAGUGCACUACCUAACCAUGCUCUCAGCUCGCUAACAGGGCUGAGCGCACAAAGUUUGAAUUCUGUUAGACAGAACGGCAACCCCAGUUCGUUUGGAAACCUUGCAGCACAGUCCCGGAAUCUGCCUCCUUCUCCAGCACAACAGUCUCUCAGCUCGUCCCAGCCCAACCCGCGCUCCCAAGUGCCUCCGUUGCCCUCCCCUCAGGUCCCAGUGUCCUUGCUGAAGUAUGCACCAAACAAUGGGGGCCUCAACCCACUCCUUGGCGCACAACAGGUAGCCAUGUUGAGCCAACUCUCCCAGUUGAACCAACUCUCCCAGUUACAACGAUUUCUGGUUCAGCAGAAGAAGGCACAGAAUCAGAGAAACAUGCCGUCUGGAGGCCGUCAGCAGCAGGAGCAGCAGAGUCGCUCCCUCAGUAUGCAGCAACAGAUGAUGCAACAGUCUUGUCAGCUUGAUCCAAAUCUACUCCUGAAGCAGCAGCAACAGCUCCACCCGAGCGCCAUGAAAUCAUUCCUGGAGAGUGUCGUGCCCCAUGCCAACACAGAGCUGCAGAAAGGGCCAUCACAGAUCAGUGCAUUUAGCAAUUUCCCCAUAGGAUCGAACUCAAACUUGAAUGUAAAUAUGGACAUGGGCAGUAUUAAGGAGCCACAGUCUCGGCUGAGUAAAUGGACAACUGUGGAUAGUAUUUCCACAAACACAUCAUUGGAUCAGAAUGCCAGCAAAAAUGGUGCUAUUUCAAGUGGCUUCAGACUGGAGGAAACGUCCUUUGUUCCCUAUGACUUCAUGAACAGCAGUAACUCGCCGGCCAGUCCUCCUGGACCGAUUGGGGAUGGCUGGUCACGUGCCAAAUCACCAAACAGUUCUAGCAGUGUCAACUGGCCACCAGAGUUUCGUCCUGGUGAGCCAUGGAUAGGUUAUCCAAACAUCGACCCCGAAACUGACCCUUACAUCACUCCCGGCAGCGUCACAAACAAUCUGUCAGUCAACACUGUGCGGGAGGCUGAUCACCUCAGGGACAGGAACAGCGGGUCAUCCUCAUCUCUGAACACCACUCUGCCUUCAACUAGUGCCUGGUCAUCCAUUCGUGCCUCCAACUACAAUGUUUCCCUCAGCAGUACAGCACAAAGCACUUCUUCAGCCAGAAACAGUGACUCCAAGCCAACGUGGUCUCCUGCUUCCAUUAACACCUCUCUGGCGCAUGAGCUGUGGAAAGUUCCUCUGCCGCCCAAAAGCAUCGCUGCUCCAUCACGGCCCCCACCUGGGCUGACUGGCCAAAAGCUGCCCCUCUCUUCGUGGGAGAACUCUGUGCGGCUUGGUGGGGGCUGGAGCAGUUCUGACGCCAGAUAUACCCCCGGUUCAACUUGGGGUGAGGGCAGCUCAGGGAGAAUAACCAACUGUCUUGUCCUGAAAAACCUCACACCUCAGAUUGAUGGCUCCACUCUGCGGACUCUGUGCAUGCAGCACGGACCGCUGAUAACAUUCCACCUGAACCUCCCGCAUGGCAAUGCUUUGGUCCGUUACAGUUCAAAAGAAGAGGUGGUGAAGGCACAAAAGUCCCUCCACAUGUGUGUCCUGGGGAACACUACAAUCCUGGCUGAAUUUGCCAGCGAGGAGGAGAUCAGCCGCUUCUUUGCACAAGGCCAGUCUCUCACCCCAUCCCCUGCCUGGCAGUCUCUGGGCACAAGCCAGGGCCGCCUGGGGGGCUCUGUGGACAGUGCGCACUCGUUCUCUCACCGCAGCAACCUGACGAAUCACUGGAAUGGCACUGGGCUAUCAGGGGCGGGUGGCGGCGGGGAUCUCCACAGCAGCACCUCCCUCUGGGGCGGCCCAAGCUAUUCCACAAGCCUUUGGGGGUCCCUGGGGGUGGGAGGGGGUGACACCCGAGGUCUAAGCAGCCCCUCCGCCCUCAAUGUCUUCCUCUCGGUUGACCAUCUUGGGGCGGUGGCGGCGGAGGAAUCCAUGUGAGCAUGGUCCUCUUCCACUGCCACAACCCUUUUUUCCCCCUGCGAACAAAACUGUGACCUCAAAGCAGCAGCAGCACUAACUGUGGACCCCUCCGCCCACAAGCCCCCCGGGGUCACCUGUGGAAAUGGUUACGUUGUGCACAUUUCCCCCUUCCCCACUUUGUAUUUUAAGCCCAAAAACAUACCAGUUCGAAAUACUUGAAUCAAGCAGGCCAAUAUUAUAUAUAAUGUGAAGAGUCAAUAGAUUUACACUUCCAGAUAGUAGCGCCAUUAGCUAGUGAAAGCAAACAUGCAUUUUUUUUUAAAAAACCACACACAAAACCCUAAGUAGAUCCGGUUUGCUUUUUAUGUGUUGUUUUCUCUUCUAGUUUUUUUUUUUUGGGGGGGGGGGGGUUGUUUUGCAACUUGCAGAUACUGUUGGAACUGGAUCUUUUAAAGCUUUGCACAGACCCAACAAUAUUUGAGGCGGCAGAGGUGGGACCCACUGCGCAUGGGUCUUGCUUCACAGAGGGCAGUGAAAGAGAAACGGGGCGUCCCUUCACCCCGAAAGGGAGAACCCCACUGCACCCCAGCUGUCCUGCCUGACCAGCCGCCGGUCAGCUGUCGCAUGGCAUCCUGGCCGCGCCAGACAAUCGAGCAAGUGGCCGGCGGAUGCUGAGACCAACCGAGGAUUACAAGUGAACGGAGAAGACAAAGUGUUGAUUGCACCUCUCUCUUCAUGGGAACGAAACUAAAGAAUGGAGCUUUGCGGUUUGUGAAACUGCGCGCACAGCUGUGACUUGCAACCCGGACGCUCGCCAGGGCCGGGUCCUGCACUUUCAAGAGGCUUUUGGGUUGUUGUUGUUGUUGUCGUCGUUUUUCUUUUUUUUAAAAAAAAAUUGGGGGUCUCCUUUGUCGGGGGCACUGCCUUGUUUACAGAUAUAUUUUUUUCCUUUUUCUUUCUUUUCUUUUCUUUUCUUUCUUUUUUUUUUUGAGAAACGAUGUUUACUCUUCCAUCAUUUAAAUAUUUUUUAAAGAACAAUUUUAAAAAGAAAAAAAAUAUAUACGUGGAUGAUAAAAGAUGCUUUCGAUCUCUGGGAAUAUCGAGCAGUGUUUGGCCAUGUUCCAUUUGUGUUGUCGUCGUCCUUGUUGUUGUUGUUGUUUUUCUAUGCCCAACUCCUAAAUCGAAGAGCAUGGCUCUCAGGAAAUAAAUAAGAGAAAAAGAAAAAACCAAGGUUCCCCCAUAAAACUCCUUGUAGUUUCUUAUAAUAGAAAAAUGAUAAUAAUAAUAAUGAUGAUAACUUUUUAGCACUGAUUAAUACUUUGCUCUGUAAAACUUCUGCCAAAAACUGCUUCAAAUCGCUGGAGUCCGACAUUCUGUGCUUUCUGAUCCCGUCUUUUUAAUUGCAAAUGGGGCAGGAAGGGUGGUGCUUGGUUCUUCUUAAUCUGUAACCCCCUCCACAACCGCCGCCGCCAUUUUGUGAAGCCCACCCUCCCUCCAUUGCGUGGCGCUUUCUCCGCUCUUGUGACUGUAUUCCAUGUUUAACCUUAAAAAGCUGAAUAACUAUGCAGACUGUAACCAAGGUCUUGGACUUACAGGAUUUUGUUGUAUAAAUUUUAAAUGUUGAAAAGUUCUUGCAAAUACUUUUCUUGUGAAAGUGCUAAAAUCAUCUUACUCCUUGUUUUUUAUUUUAUUUUAUUUUAUUAUUUUCUCUCUCUCUCUCUCUCUCUCUCCUUUUUUUGGGGUGCCACAAAUGGUAUUAUUACCUGAAGCUUGUUUAGUUGGAGGACGGAAGACUAAACAAGGAUAAAAAAAGAAAACUUUUUAAACCGUGCCGAAAGACGCUCUCAUUUCAUUGCCUUGAUUCUAACUGUUGUGUCUGAAGAUGCAAAAGUCGUCAGUGGCUUUUUAACUGUUUACAAAUAGAGUGUGAUUGUAAAAUGUACAGUUUGAGUUGUGUUCAAAUUAUGAAGUUUCUCCAGAUAUUAAUAAAUCAUGACUUUUUUUUUGGCUGCUUAA